AUGGCGGACAAUGGUCCUCAGUUCCAGUCCUUGGAGUUCACCACCUUCCUCGCCAGCAAGGAGAGGCCCAAGGCUGCAGUGAGCGUGACUCCUGACAGCAGAGACAUAUUCAGCGGAGACUCUGUUACGCUCAGAUGUGAGAUACCAGAGGGGGGAAACACAGACUGGGACUACAGCUGGUACUUCAACAGAAGUCCAGAGUCUCCUGUAGCCACUGGUCAGCAGUACAUCAUCAGUUCUGCUACUGAUCUCCACUCUGGUGACUACACCUGCAGAGGAACACAGAGAGGCACCACUCAGAGUUCAGACACCAGUGAUGUGCUCACUCUGACUGUGGCAGAGCGACCCAAAGCUGUUGUGUCCCUGAGCCCCAGCUGGACUCCAGUGUUCAGUGGAGAGAGCGUCACUCUCACCUGCAGCAUACAGGGAGAGUCCCCAUCAGACUGGAGAUACAGCUGGUACAGAGGAGACCAGCAGGUUCACCCACAUACAGGCUGGAGUGACAGUGAUGAAUACAGACUGCAGUCUGUGCAGGAGGACCACAGUGGGGUCUACAGCUGCAGAGGAAGCAGAAGAAGAGAUUCAAAAGUGUCUCAUAUGAGUGAUGAUUUAACUCUGACUGUUUCAAAGAGGCCCAAGGCUGCAGUGGCACUGACUCCUAACAGCAGAGACAUAUUCAGAGGAGAGUAUGUUAUCCUCAGAUGUGAGAUACCAAGUGGGAGAAACACAGACUGGGACUACAGCUGGUACUUCAACAGAAGCCCAAAGUCUCCUGUAGCCACUGGUCAGCAGUACAGCAUCAGAUCUGCUGCUGAUCUCCACUCUGGUGACUACACCUGCAGAGGAACACAGAGAGGCACCACACAGAGUUCAGACACCAGUGAUGUGCUCACUCUGACUAUGGCAGAGCGACCCAAAGCUGUUGUGUCCCUGAGCCCCAGCUGGAUUCCAGUGUUCAGUGGAGAGAGCAUCACUCUCACCUGCAGCAUACAGGGAGAGUCCCCAUCAGACUGGAGAUACCGCUGGUACAGAGGAGACCAGCAGGUUCACCCACAGAGAGGCUGGAGUGACAGUGAUGAAUACAGACUGCAGUCUGUGCAGGAGGACCACAGUGGGGUCUACAGCUGCAGAGGAAGCAGAAUUAAAGAUGCAAAGGUGUCUCAUCAGAGUGAUGGUGUUAAACUGACUGUUUCAAAGAGACCCAAGGCUGCAGUGACCCUGACUCCUAACAGCAGAGACAUAUUCAGAGGAGAGUAUGUUACCCUCAGAUGUGAGAUACCAAGUAGGAGAAACACUUACUGGGACUACAGCUGGUACUUCAACAGAAGCCCAAAGUCUCCUGUAGCCACUGGUCAGCAGUACAGCAUCAGAUCUGCUGCUGAUCUCCACUCUGGUGACUACACCUGCAGAGGAACACAGAGAGGCACCACUCAGAGUUCAGACACCAGUGAUGUGCUUACUCUGACUGUGGCAGACUCCAAGCCCAAACUCACAUUAAGUCCUGCCUACCAGCUCCUCACAGGAGACUCAGUGACUCUGAGAUGUGAGUUGGGCGUUUCCUCUGGUUUGGUGUUCUACUGGUACAGAGACACACAGACCUCUGAUCAUGUGGCCAAGACUGAUGUGAACUCCUACAGCAUCAGCUCUGUUAAAGUCUCUGAUGGAGGACAGUACUGGUGCAGAGCUGGGAGAGGAGACCCAGUCUACUAUACUCAAUAUAGUGAUGCAGCUGAGAUAAAGGUUGCAGACAGGCUGAAAGCCACCAUUACCCUGAAAUCAAAAUGGACAGAGUUCUUCAGUGAAGAGGAGGUCUCUCUCAGAUGUGACAUAGAGAGUGGAGAGAGCAGUGACUGGGAGUACAGCUGGUUUAGGGAUGGAGAGAGAGUUUACAGUAAUAGAAGGAAUAUGAAUCUUGUGAAGGAAUAUGAAAUCCAACCGUCUCAAAGUGGUAACUACACUUGUAAAGGACAAAAGAAACAUCAGAAGAAAAAAACAUCAGAAGAAAGUGAUAAUGUUGCCAUUACAAUUUAUUCUGAAAAAGCCCAGGCCCUUCUGAGUUCCCUCUCACAGACCUGGCUGACUGAAGGAGAUGCAGUGACUCUGAGCUGUGAGGUUAGAGGCUCCACUACAGGCUGGAGAUUCCACUGGUACAAGACUGCCCCCUUCAGGUCUGAUUUGAUUCAUGUCACAUAUGCCUCCCAAACAUCUGGGUUCCCACAAACACAUGGAAACAAAGGAUACUCUUUAGAGCCGGUCUCAAACAGCAUCAGAGGAGCUGGAGGCUCCUACACUCUCAGCCCUGCUGCUCUUAGACACACAGGGGUUUAUGUGUGCAGAGCAGAGAGAGGAGAGCCAGCCUAUCACACAGAGUUCAGCCAACCUCAGCCUCUCUGGGUCACAGGUGUGUCUCUGGCCUCUGUGAGCACCCAUUCAAACUGGUCCCAGAUCUUUACAUCUGAGUCUCUCUCCCUGAGCUGUGGGGUUCAGGGCAACUCUACUGGAUGGACACUGAGAUGGUUCACAGGCAGAGGAGGAGGAUCCGAGUGUUCCACUGACUGGAGAUCAGAAACAGGAUCCAGCUGCAGCAUCAGUUCAGCAUCUCCAUCAGACAGUGGAGUUUACUGGUGUCAGUCUGAGUCUGGAGAGCAGAGUAAUCCUGUCAACAUCACUGUGUACCAUGGUGAUGUGAUCCUGGAGAGUCCUGUACAUCCUGUGACUGAGGGAGAUCUUCUGUCUCUGCGCUGUAGAUAUCGCCGUCAGCUAUCAAACAUCAGUGCUGACUUCUAUAAAGAUGGGACACUCCUGCAGACCUCCACCACAGGAGAGAUGACCAUCCCUGCAGUCUCAAAGUCACAUGAAGGCCUCUAUGAGUGCAGACACCCAGACAAAGGAGAGUCACCAGAGAGCUGGAUCACAGUGAAGGUCACCAUUAUAGAUUCUGGAUCCUUCCUCCUGGUAGCUGUGGGAGUGGUGGUGGGAAUGUUCUUCUCCUUUGUAGUCUUCUGGCUGCAUCGCUCCAAAUAUCUCACAGGCCUAUGUUUGACCACUACAACAGAAGGCCAGCAGCAGCAGGACCUGAGAACCAAUCAGAGUUCAGACCAGGACCAGAGGACCAAUCAGAGUUCAGACCAGGACCAGAGUCAGUGUGCAGGAGGAGAGGGUUCUCACUCAGAGUAUAUGCCUCUGCAGAAGAGAACUACAGAUGUCUAUGACACUAUAACACCCCUCUACAUGCCACUGCAGAAAGGUGCUACGGAUGUCUAUGAAACAAUUAAAACAUCAAACAACUCUCAAGAAGAUGAAGAGGAGGGAUAUGAAGAUAUGAUUCCCUCUGAUACUCGAGCAGAGGAACAUGUCUAA